AUGACUUCAGGCGCUCUCUCUGGUUAUUCCAUGUAUCAUUUACAGCUUUUUUUGGUUGUGAUGGUUCAAUUCGUUUAUAGUGAAUUAAAUCGCCAAAUCUGUCAGGAACGUGGAUUCAACAGUGAAUCACUGGAGUGUUCAAGUUGUGCAGACUUGCCACAAUUUCAUCUAGAUGAACUUGUUGCUGACUGUAAUUCGUGUUGUAGGAAAGAUUAUGUAGAAACGAAACAAAAAUAUCCAUUGGCUCAUAUCGAAAUUUGUGAAUGUAACUUAGGACGAUUCCCGCAGGCGGAAGCAUUCGUCAAGUCCAGUAUGGUAAAGAAGUGGGGAACUUGUGUAAAAGUUCAUCAUGUCCGAGGAACAUUGCCGACAAUUAAGUUAUUGGAUGCGCAAGGAGAGGUGCAGAAAAUCAUGAAUAUCGAGAAAUGGGAUACCGACACAAUUACGGAAUUUCUAAAUACGUGGCUGGAGUGUUAG